AUGUCGAGUCCCAAUCCCUUGUCGCCCUCGAGCCCCAGCCUGCCAUGGCGCUUGAAUAGCUCCCUCAUCAUGGGCCUGACAGCUUCCCUGUCGCGCGGUUUCUACUAUGGGCUGAAUUACAUGGAAGUCACUGGAUUGGAUAGGUUCUUAGAGACACUGGAUCGGAGGAGGGAUUCUCAAAUCAUAAUGGACGAUCCAUUGAUAUGGGGUGUGCUGCCCUUUCGCUACGGCUUCAAUCCCUCGAACCACCGCUGGAGUUUGGGAAGCUACGAUAUUUGUUUUCAGGGAAGGUUACUUACUGGCUUCUUCAACUUUGGUCAAGUUCUACCAACUCAUCGAGGAGCGCACUCCCCCCACGGUGGUCUCUUCCAACCUGUCAUGACACAGGCAAUACGACUACUCUCCUCCCAACCAUUCGCAAAGCCUCCGUUAUCCCAUACUUCGAACCCGGGUAUGCCUGACCCCUUCACAACAGGGUCACUCACAUAUACCACGAAUGGGGAGGACUCGUUUACAGCUCCCUCCGUAUACCUAUCGCGCAAGCACUCCUGGAUCCACAUCUUUCCCGAAGGACGGGUACAUCAGCACCCUAAAAAAUCCAUGCGAUAUUUCAAAUGGGGUAUAUCACGCCUUAUACUCGAGUCUGAACCACUGCCUGAGAUCGUUCCUAUCUUCAUCGACGGAAACCAGGAAGUCAUGCACGAAUCUCGAGGAUUCCCUGAAUUCAUUCCAAGAGCUGGAAAAAACAUUAGAAUUGCAUUUGGGGAAAGCAUAGAUGGCGAGAAAGUAUUUGGGGAAUUGAGGGAGCGUUGGAAGAAGCUGGUCGCAAUGCAGAAAGAGGCCUUGGCUCAGAAAGGCCUCGAGACCAAUUGGGAGAUGGGAGAGCUGACUGAAUGGCUGAAGUAUGGGACCGAGGCUGUUGCGCUGCGGAAAGAAGUUACCAUGAAAGUACGUAUGGAGGUCUUAAAGGUCAGAAGGAGCUUGGGGUACCCUGACGAAGACCCAAAACAGGGUCGAGUCGAGACGUGGAUAGAGGAGGGCGACGCGAAAACUAAGGAGAAGAAAGAUGGCAGCUCGUUAGGCGAUACCUGA